AUGGAGUUUGUGCAAAUUGUCUCCUCUUCAGGAGCACGCGCUCUUGCUGGUGGAUUUUGCGACGCGGGUCUCGCGCAGCUCGUAGCUCUGGCAUCGGCCAAUGGUGAGGAUCUACGAAUUGAUGUUGCUAAGCUUCAUGUGGAGGGUCUUGGAGGAGAACCAGAAUUAACUCGUGAUUUUGCUCGUAAACUCCUUGAUGUCUAUCAGUCUACUAAGGCUUCUACUGGGCGGGUUAUCAAUGAUCUCACUGAGUGGCUCGCUGAAGGCCCUCUAGAUGGCGUGCUGUUGUAG